UUCCGCAAAGUCUCCUGCUGUUCCAGUAGAAUGACAGCGGUGUGUGGCUAUGGACGGAAGAGCUGUGAAGGCGAUACUGUUCGACCUGGACAACACGCUCAUCGAGACGAGACGAGCAGGAGCAGUGGCCAUACAGAAGACCAGUGAACUUCUGAAGACCACUCUGGGCCUUGAUGACGACACCAUCUGCAGCAUUUGUAACAAGUUCAAGAAGAAGCUUUUCCUUGAGAGCUUUGACCCUUCAGCUGGCCGAUCCAUAGAUGACGUCCGUGUGCGUCACUGGGAGGAAAGCAUCAAGGAGGCUCUGGGUAGUUGCUCUCCACCUUCUCUGGCAGCUCAGUGCUACUACCUGUGGAAAAAUAGCCGCCUGGAGAUCCUCUCUCUCUCUCCUGAAGUGUGCAAUCUUUUGAAGCAACUGCGCAGCAGACACAAGCUGCUGCUGCUGACCAACGGGGACACUCAGACCCAGAGAGAGAAGGUGCAGGCAGUCCGGUGUGAGGAGUUCUUCGAUGCCAUCGUGAUAGGUGGAGAGCACGCAGAGCAGAAACCAUUUGUCUCCAUCUUCACGUUGUGCUUCAACAUGCUGGAGGUGGAGGCUCAGGACUGCGUUAUGGUGGGAGACUCUCUGGACACAGAUAUUCAGGGGGGCUUUAAUGCCAGAGUACGAGCCACCGUUUGGAUUAACAGCGCAGAAGGGACUGUGUCAGAUGGUUCAGUGAAACCAGACUACACUAUCCCGACUGUGCUGGACCUGCCAGGUGUUCUGGCACAACUACAGUAAGGUCAUAUGGGGAUAGACUGUCAGUUCAAGGGGGGUGUUAUGGGAAUUUUUAAUUAUGGAUAGAUUAAAAAUUUUUAUUUUAUUUUUUGCAGUUUAUUUAAAAGGGGACGGUGCCUUAUAACUGUUGCAACUAUUUUCCUGACAUUCAACACUUUUUCUUACUGAUUUCUGCUCGGCCUUCAUGUGAGGACACUCACGGUCGCUCAGGGUAUGAACUGUGAAGACACACAGUGGUGGGAACGUUUACAUUUACUGAGGGACUGCAUGUCAGUACAAUUUUGAGAUUUGUACUUUACUUGAAUAUUCAUAAUUUCAGCUUCUUUAUAUUCCACUGCAUUUUAAAAAUAAAUCUUUUUAUUCUACAAGUAUAGUUACGCUUCAGAUUCUUAUUUUACAUAAAACCACAUACAUUGAAUAUUGUCAUUAAAGCUACUUCCACUUCAGUAAAACGCUACUUGAAGCACCAGUCUGAUGAUAUCACAGUCACUCAACACUCAGACUGACUGUACUUUAAUUGAUUCAUUCCAUAAUAUGCUCAUACUUGUUCAUUUUUACAAAACCUUGGCUAAUAAUAAAAACUCUUGAACAACA